AUGUCCGAUUCUUCUUCAAGUCUCCUCCCGCCGCGCAUUCCCAAGCACCGGCGGGAAUCGGUGGCGGCGAACACGCUGGACCACCUCAGUCUGCUGGACAUUGACACUGAGGUCGCUUUUGAGCGACUGACCGGCAUCAUCUGCACCAUUGGGCCGGCCUCUCGCGAUGUGCCCACGCUGAUCAACAUGAUCAACUGCGGCAUGAACAUUGCCCGGCUGAACUUUAGUCAUGGAACGCAUGAGUACCACAAGGAGACCAUUGCCAACAUUCACCGAGCCGUGGAUGUGGUCAGCGAGCAGCAGGGCAUGCAGAACUGGCCAGUGGCCAUCGCCCUAGAUACCAAAGGACCGGAAAUUCGCACCGGUGUUCUCGAGAGUGGGCGAACAGCGACUGUUGACCUGAAGAAGGGCGACCCGAUUCUGCUGACCACCAACGAGGACUUCAAAGAGCGCUGCACCGCCAAAGUCCUCUACGUCGACUAUGCGAACAUCGUCAAGGUGGUGAAAGUCGGCUCACAGGUUUUCAUCGAUGACGGCCUCAUCUCGGUGAAGGUGCGCGCCAUUGAAGGCGACACGCUGCAGUGUGAGGUGGAAAACGGCGGCUCGGUGGGCUCAAACAAGGGCGUCAACUUGCCCGGCACGGCGGUGGAUCUGCCGGCACUUUCCGAAAAGGACAAGUCCGACCUACUUUUCGGCAUCGCCGAGGGCGUCGACAUGGUUUUUGCUAGCUUUAUCCGCAACGGUGCCGCCGUGCAGGAGAUUCGCCAGUUGCUCGCCGACAACGGCGACCCCUCCAUCAAGAUCAUCUCAAAGGUGGAGAACCACGAGGGCGUGAAGAACAUCGACGAGAUCAUUCGCGAGUCAGACGGCAUCAUGGUGGCCAGAGGCGACCUGGGCAUUGAGAUUGCCCCGCAGAAGGUGCUCCUGGCGCAGAAGAUGAUGAUCGCCAAGUGCAACAUGGCGGGAAAGCCGGUGAUCUGCGCCACGCACAUGCUCGAAUCGAUGUGCCUCAAACCGCGGCCGACCAGGGCAGAGGUGAGCGACGUGGCUAAUGCCAUUCUCGACGGCAGCGACUGUGUCAUGCUCAGCGGAGAGACGGCCAAAGGCGAGUACCCAAUCGAGUCUGUGAAGAUGAUGAGCGCCAUCAGUCUGGAGGCAGAGGCGGCCAUUCACUCGAGGAAUCUGUUCAUCGAGCUGACCACAAAGGCGACAGUCCCGGUGGACCCAACCACUGCCACCUGCAUCGCCGCGGUGAACGCCUCGCUGAAGUGCGCCGCCGCUGCGAUCAUCGUCCUGACGACCACUGGCAAGUCGGCGCACAUCACCGCCCGCUUCCGACCUCGCUGUCCGAUCAUCGCCGUCUCCCGCUACACCAAGGCCACCCGACAGGCGCACCUGCACCGAGGCAUUCUGCCCAUCUGGUACCCCCACGGGGCGCAGUCUGACUGGACGGCGGACAUUGACGUGCGAGUUAACUUUGCGCUCGACUUUGGCCGUCGUCGAGGCUUCAUCAAGGCGGGCGAUCCGGUGGUG